AUGGCUCAGCCUCCACGCAGAAUAACCAACGUUGUCGUUGCAGGUGGAACUGGAAGCCUCGGCCCACCAACGAUCAAACAUCUCCUCAAAAAUCAUUUCAAAGUCGCCGUCCUCACACGCGACCCAUCCACGGCCAAGCUGCCCCCAGACGUUGAGGCAAUCAAAGCAGACUACACUUCAGUCGAGUCCUUAAGCAAGAGCCUCGUGGGCCUUGGCUUUGACGCAAUCGUCAUUAUUCUUAGUCGGCGGGCCCAUCAAGCGUCUCUUGUGACGAUGCGAGCUGCGGUCGAUGCAGGUAUAUACAGGGCUAUCCCAUCAUAUUUCGGCAGCCCCCUCGACAAUCCCAAAAUUGCUCGCAUGCCGCUCAUGGCGUCCAAGUUACCAGUUAUAAACGAUGUUCUAGCAAAGGCUGCGAAAGGGGAGAUAACCUACACUGGUAUCAACACAGGCAUGUUUCUGGAUAUGGCACUCGACAAGGACUCUUUCGUCUGUCUCUCCGGAAUGGUGAAGACACGAAUUUAUGAUGGCGGAGAUGUUUCCAUAUCGGCGACUACGCAUGACGAUAUUGGAAAAGCCGUUGCCGCAGUACUCAUGAAUCCAGACCAGACAGUCAACAAGGUCUGCAACAUACACUCAGUAGUCAUGACACAAAACCAAAUGCUAGAAUUCGCACGCCAGGCCGCUCCAGAAGCCGAGUUUCAUGUCGAAGCGGUCGAUACAAAGGACUUAGAGGAUGCUGCUUGGGAACGAUAUCGCGCUGGGCAGAGGGAUCCUCUCUCGAUUCACGAUUUUGCUCUCAGGGCCGGCUUUGGUUUGGGAAACGGGCACUUUGAGAGGACGGAUAAUGAACUCCUGGGCAUCGAGCAGUGGAGUGACGAAAGAUUGAGGGAGGAAGUUAUCGUGCGCUUAGCAAGGCACCGCGCAAUGCUCUAA